CGGUGUUUUGGAGUUGUAGUUUGCCACACGACACCGGCGUAUUGUAUACCCGUGACCCUAGAGGGCAACACACAGAAACAAUACCUACCCGCGACUUACAGCGAACCUUUCCUCAAGAUCUAGCAGACCUCCGCAAGAUCUCUAGUCAGAAUCAUGCCGGUGAAGCUGUACCACAACAUUCUGUCGGCGCCAUGUCGUGCCGUGAUGAUGUGCGCCAAGUCCAUCGGGCUGGACCUGGAGGAACAGUCGGUGGACCUGUUCAAGGGGGAACAGAUGAAGCCGGAGUUUGUCGCCAUGAACCCCUGCCACUGCGUCCCUACUAUUGACGAGGACGGCUUCAUCAUGUGGGAGAGCCGUGCCAUCAACAUCUACCUGAAUGACAAGUACAGUAAGACCCCGGACAAGCUCUACCCGAAGGACCCUAAGAAAAGGGCAAAGAUCAACAUGAUGCUUCAGUUUGACCUGACCUCCUACAUGCCUGCCAUCGGCGGCUAUGUGGGCCCAAUGCUGGUCGGCAAGAAAGAACCUGACGACGAGGCUAAGCAGAAGUUGAAAGACCAGUUGGAACUCUUCAACAAGAUGUUGGAAGGAAAGAACUACGUCGCAGGCAACGAGCUUUCGCUGGCGGACUUCUCGCUUGGCGGAGCCUCUGGCAUGCUGGGUAUGGUCGGGUAUGACGUCAGCGAGUACAAGAACAUCGUUGCGUGGCGGGACCGCAUGGUGGCGCUGCCGUACGUGAAGGACAUCCAGGAGAGGAUGAUGGCGGCGGUGGCUGCCAUGAAGGAGUCGAGCUAAAUACACCCCCACCCUUAAAGGCAUCCAAUGCGAUUUCAGGGCAGCAAAACUGAAAAUAUUUUAAAUAAGGCAAUCUUUGUGAUAUUGACACAUACUGCUUC